ACGAACGAACCAGCACACGAACCGCUCGCCGACGCCGCACUAUCGCCUCGCAACGACUCAAACCCCCGUACUCGUACGCACAACGGUCGCAGCAGCUGUGACAUCAAUGCCCUCCGGAUGAUCUGGUAUCUCCUCUACCCGCUCCGUGGUACUACCGAACCACCCCAACUAUCUCCUACCCACCCCGUUCGCCGGGCUUUUCAGGCCCACGGAACCGCAACAGCUCGCCAUUGGCUGCUCUCUAUCCUCCUGACCAUUGUUAUUUCUGUCCUGCUCUGCUAUCCUGCCCUCUUUCAGCACGACAGCCCCGCCGCGGCAGGGCUACGCAACUUACCCAAGCAUGUAUGGACCUCGACCACCGAGGUCGAGGGGGAGCGCAAAGCCGAUGUUCAAGUGCGCCAGGUAUGGGUACAUGGCGACUACAUGAAAGCCAUUGAUCAUCGCGUGCUACGCGAGGCUCUCCAUGUCCAGCGCGUUCUCAUCGGCAAUGGCUUCCACGAAGAUGCCCCCUUGUCCAUGUCGCAUCGUGAUGAUAGUGAUCUCGAAAACUGUCUAGCCACGAGAGACGGUGAACCCUGGGGGUUUCACUCGCCUUUGAUGUACUGGAACUGCUCGCUUCUGGCUCUUGACCGUGACCAGGACCUCCUUUCCACCAUCAAUUCCCGCACGACCUUCCAGUCUGCUUUGAACUUGACUUUGCGACCAAGUACUGUUUUUGCUGGCAAAGUCUUUGCCAAAUCAAGGCUACGAUCAGCUGAUGCAUUGGUUAUUACACUGUUGGACUACAGCAGUGCUGGUCUGGGUGCAAAAUGGGAUGAUAGAUCUCGUAGAUUGGUCCACGAACUACCACCCGAAUGGUCACUAUUUCCCGAAGAUGGACAAAUAACAAAGAGCCGGCUUUACGAGUUUCGCUUCAAGCCCAUGACUCUCAAUGACGACAUCCUGUUGGCCGCUUCCUACAUAAUCAUGGCUGUCUACGUUAUCUGGAGAAUGAUGCAGCUUCGGGCAGUCAAGAGUUGGUUUGGCCUGCUCGUUACUAUUUGCGCCAAAAUGACCAUCUGUGUCGUUGGCAGCUUCACUGUGUGCACCUUUCUCGGUAUCGAUCUAGCACGCAUCCCCCGCCCAUGGUUUCCCGCAGUUGUAUUCUGCUAUGGUUUAGGAAACAUCUUCCGCCUUAUCAGUGUCGUGCUUGAGACCCCUCCCGAGAUGCCGCCCCAACAACGUAUCGGUCACGCGAUAGGUCAAGUGGGCCAUCUCUCGGUUGCAGUGGCUGGUCAAAAUCUCAUUCUGAUAUGGCUCUGUUCUCGAGUUGUCACGCCAUGGGUUGCCGAUUUUUGUGUGUUUGCCGCCGUCACGCUUGUACUCGACCUUGUCUACCAUCUCACCUUUUUUCUCGCUGUGCUCAGUGUUGAUGUGCAGCGAAUGGAGCUUUCAGACUCACUUCAGCGCGUCGACAUGAAACACGCUUCACAAAACAACAGACACGAACGGCAAUCUUGGCUUCACGCCUUGCGACAUGGAACGCUGCCUUUCAGUACCCGGUUUGCGGGUACUGCCGCCAUAUUAACCAUCAUAUUGGCCAUCAACUGGCAUUUCUUUGAUAGUAAUACGGAUAGCCUUUCAUUGAAGGCUGUCAAGGAUAAUCUAUUCCGGAGGCAGAGCAAGCGGCUAAGGACUGCCUCACCAUGGACUCAACCGCCGAUAAACCAGGCCCGUACACCUGCUGACUGGCUACGUUUACAAGAUCACAAUACUGCGAAAGAGCUUUUCAGUUUUAUUAAACCAAAUGCCCACAGCUUUAUAGCCAAGAUACACGACCCGCUGUUGGUGAUUCUCAAAGGCGCAAAUGGGCGAUACUCUUCACCGACACCGCCAUCUUUCAUCGAUGGUCUUCGUACUUUUGCUCGACAUCACGCUUUCCCAGCCGCUUUGAUAGUGGUAUUUCUGAUCGCUGGGGUGACAUUGCUCAUGAAUUAUCUCCUGUGGACGGGCCUUCCGGAGGGCGCGGAAGAGAGUGAAGACGAAGACUCCAUGUUCACAGUCAGUACGCUUUCCACCACCCAAACCUUGGACAUAAUCCGUGUCACAUCGUCCCCUAAGGGGCAUAUUGUCGGUGUCUCCCUCGAUAGGACGACAUCACUUUGGCUGCACGACAAAUCCGGGUUCAGCCAAUCGAUACUGAAUACGAAAAUGACCAAAUAUAAACUCUGGCCACUAGUGGCGUGCGCGUUGGACGACAGUGGCGAUGUGCUUGCGAUGUGCACAGAUAAUGGGAUCGUGGGCCUUUAUAGUCUCGCUGCCUCGAGAGUCUCAUGCCUUCAACACGUGGACUUGCGUGGGCAAAUUCCUCUGAUGUUCACUUUCGUCUUAACGUCAGGGGAAGCCCAUGAGUCGCCAAGCCUUUUGAUACUUACUUCGGAUGGCUAUUUGACUGAGUUCGAAGCCCGGGCGGGUGUUCACCACACCAGGCGAAUACACUCGGGUACUAUUGUCUGCUCUGCUCUCUACAGCAGUUCGAGCGAUGGUGUGAGCCUUGUAUUUGUAAGCAAACAAGGGGAGGUGCACAUUCUGUCUUUGGACGAGGACAGUAGAAAGACACCGGAGAUGGUGGCAGGCUUAGAUCCUGGUCCACCUCCCGGUACUAAUCCAUCGAAGAUCCGAUGUAUUGAGAGUGUGCCUGCAUUAGGUCUAAUCUUUGCUCUUCGUGACGAAGAAGUAGAAGUAUUUGACUUCAGUAGGCGUGCUCUUGUUCACGCUUUCCACGUCAGACACAUCAAGCCCCACUCCUUCCGAGUUAUGUAUUCCACCCGUCGAAAGUGUGGUUGCAGCGCACCUGCUGUUCACUGCAUAUCUAUUGCAUAUACAGAAGAAGAUACAGAAAACAUGCUCAUGCACGUCUUCACCAUUGAUGACACCCCGACUUCUUCCAUAUGCCUUGGAAAACCCGCGGACACCGAAUCGCGGAGUUGCCAGGGUCUGGCUUUUGCUAAUGAAGCCAUCCAUCUCGUCGAGCCUGCGGGGACAUGGGAAGCGACGAGUUCUCUGAGUGUAGUGGGCAUUCGGAAAUACAAUCCGUCGCCUACGCCAUCAUCAACCGCGUCUGGGUCCGAGACGACCACUCCUGAUCCAGCCGUUCUGGUCUCAGCCCUGAAGCAAAGAGCCAUGAAAGUCGAUGCAUUCGACAAAUCUGCCCAAAGCCCCAGCUCAUCUAUCCAUACACACCAUCUCCAUUCCUCCCUACUGGAUACCGAAGGCUGGGAAGCGUGGACAUUGUCUUCCACAGGUGAAUUUCGGUCUCGACCUCUCAUAUCAGAUUGCGAUGAUGGGGAUCAGCCAAUGUUGGAAGAGCAACUGUUUGUCGCUGCCGCUGGACCUAUCACAAAGUUAGGGAAACGAAGUGUAGCUGUUGGCUUUGGCAAUACAAUCAAGAUUAUCACGUUGGGAAAGGAAAACUUCGGUGCACUCGCGGGUACGCUGGCUGGCGCGGACGACUGGAGCAUGGCCAAGCAUAAAUCACGCACUAAGAGGACACCAGGGAGAAAGCUACAGUAA